AUGUUAGAGAACUACAGAAACCUGGUCUCUCUGGGUCUUACAGCCUCUAAGCCAGACUUGAUCACCUGUCUGGAACAAAGGAAAGAGCCCUGGAAUGUGAAGAGACAUGAGGUAUUUUUAAAAUUUCCUUCAGCUGUGUCUUCUCAUUCCACCCAAGACCAUUUGCCAGAGCAGGGGAUAAAUGUUACAUUCCAAAGAGUGAUACUAAGAAGAUAUGGAAGCUGUGGCUUUGAGAAUUUAAACUUAAUGAAAGACUGGGAAAAGGUGGGUGAGUGUAAGAAGCAGAAAAAAUGUUACAAUGGACUUAAACAAUGUUCAACAACUACCCAUAGCAAAAUAUUUCAAUGUAAUAAAUGUUUGAAAGUCUUCAAAAACUUGUCAAAUCUAAAUAGACAUAAGAUGAGACAUACCAUAGAAAAAUCUUUCAAAUGUAAAGAAUGUGGGAAAGCCUUUAAUCAAUGCUCACACAUUACUGAACAUAAGAGAAUUCAUAAUCAAAAGAAACCUUACAAAUAUAAACCGUACAAAUGUGAAGAAUGUGACAAAGCCUUUUACUGGUGCUCACAACUUACUGCACAUAAGGUAAUUCAUACUGGAGAGAAACCCUACAAAUGUGAACAAUGUGGCAAAGCUUUUAACCAGUGCUCAUACCUUACUAAACAUAAGAGAAUUCAUAAUGAAGAGAAACACCACAAGUGUGAACAAUGUGGCAAAGCCUUUAACCGUUGUUCAGACCUUACUAUUCAUAAGAGAAUUCAUACUGGAGAGAAACCCUACAAAUGUGAAGAAUGUGGCAAAGCUUUUAACCGAAGCUCAAGCCUUAUUAUACAUAAGAGAAUUCAUACUGGAGAAAAACCCUACAGAUGUGAAGAAUGUGGCAAAGCUUUUAACCACAGCUCAAACCUUAGUCUACAUAAGAGAAUUGUUCACACCAGUGAAAAACCUUACAAAUGUGAAGAAUGUGGCAAAGCCUUUAUUCAUUGCUCAGUCCUUACUAAACAUAAGAGAAUUCAUACUGGAGAGAAACCUUAUAAAUGUGAAGAAUGUGGCAAAGUCUUUAAUCAAUGCUCAGACCUUACUAAACAUAAGAGAGUUCAUACUGGAGAGAAACCCUACAAAUGUGGAGAAUGUGGCAAAGCUUUUAACCACAGCUCAAGCCUUAUUAUACAUAAGAGAAUCAUUCAUACUGGAGAAAAACCCUACAAAUGUGAAGAAUGUGGCAAAGCCUUCAACCGUUGCUCAGACCUUACUAAUCAUAAGAGAAUUCAUACGGGAGAGAAACCCUACAAAUGUGAAGAAUGUGGUAAAGCCUUUAACCGUUGCUCAGACCUUACUAUUCAUAAGAGAAUUCAUACUGGAGAGAAACCCUACAAAUGUGAAGAAUGUGGCAAAGCUUUCAACCGUUGCUCAAACAUUUAUAACUAUAAAAUCAUUCAUACUGGAGAGAAACCCUACAAAUGUGAAGAAUGUGGCAAAACUUUUAACCACAGCUCAAACCUUAGUCUACAUAAGAGAAUUAUUCAUACCGGAGAAAAACCUUACCAAUGUGAACAGUGUGGCAAAGCCUUUAACCAGUACUCACACCUUUCUGUACAUAGGAGAAUUCAUACAGGAGAGAAACCCUACAAAUGUGAAUAA